UCCCCAACUGGGACCAUGGACGCACACAAAGGGGGGAGGGGGAUCUUUGGGCUGCUGACCUGCUGCCCCCCACGCACAGGGUGUGACCUCUCCCUCUUGCUGCCCCGCAGCCAGAUGACCAGCAUCACCCAGAACGACAUCAUCAGCACCCUGCAGUCCCUCAACAUGGUGAAGUACUGGAAGGGUCAACACGUCAUCUGCGUCACACCCAAACUGGUGGAGGAGCAUCUGAAGAGCGCGCAGUACAAGAAACCCCCCAUCACAGUCGACUCCAUCUGCCUGAAGUGGGCCCCACCCAAACACAAACAGCUGAAGUUGUCCAAGAAGUGAAGAGGGAGGUUCGGAGGAGAUGCCGUCGUUGGGCGGUGGGGCUCAGUGGGAACGGGCGGGGAUGCUCAGUGCUCCCCGAUCCGUCCACUGGGAGCUCGACUGCACCGCGUUCGGUCUCUCGUCCACUGGUGUGUGUGUGUGUGUGAGAGAGAGAGAGCUAUGUGUCAGUGUGUGUGAGAGAGAGAGAGAGAGAGACCUGUGUGUGUGUGUGUGUGUGUGUGUGUGUGUGAGAGCGAGCUAUGUGUCAGUGUGUGUGAGAGAGAGAGAGACCUGUGUGUGUGUGUGUGAGAGAGAGCGAGCUAUGUGUCAGUGUGUGUGAGAGA